UUUGUAAAGCUGUAUUUUAACGCAAUUAAAUAGGCACGUGCGGACUUUAGGACCGGGGCAGACAGAGAUGGUCGCGUGAGAGACACGCAGGCAGGAGCGCGAGCACGUCAAAUCUCAGCAGCGGGGACGCGCCGGACAGAAUGAGGUCACGUUGAGCCUGCCGUCUCUGGCAUCAUGAGCGGCAAGAGCCUUCUCCUGAAGGUCAUCCUGCUCGGUGAUGGAGGUGUGGGUAAGAGUUCGCUGAUGAACCGCUAUGUGAGCGACCGUUUCGACUCGCACUCGUUCCACACUAUCGGCGUGGAAUUCCUGAACCGCGACCUGGAAGUGGACGGGCGUCCGGUCACGCUGCAGAUUUGGGACACUGCGGGCCAAGAGCGCUUCAGGAGCCUGCGCACUCCGUUCUACCGCGGCGCCGACUGUUGCUUACUGACGUUUGCUGUAGACGACGCACAAAGCUUCCACAACCUCGGUGCCUGGAAGCAGGAGUUUGUGCGCUACUCGGACGUACGUGAGCCCGAUCGCUUCCCCUUCGUGGUACUCGGAAACAAGGUGGACAAGGUCGAGGACGGCGAACGGCAGGUGCCCGCAGAGGAAGCGCGUGCCUGGUGCCAGGAGAAUGGCCAUUGCCCGUACUUCGAGACGAGCGCGAAAGACGACACCAAUGUAAGCGCUGCCUUUGAGGCCGCUGUCCGCGAAGUGUUGGCCUGCGAGGAUCACGUCGAUCACACUUUGCUCGGAAGCACUAUUGACCUGCACGGCAAUCGCAAGGCCCCGCGCUCAUCCUGCUGCUGAGGAUCUCGCUGAGAUUAAUGGUAUCAAAUGGUGUUAACCGUCUAGAUGCUCCUCAUCUCUGCCUGCUCCUGCAAAGGUCAAUGUAAUGGAAAGGGAGUAGAUGGAGUCUUGACUGGAGGAUUAGGCUUAUUUAGGUACAGAUGUUAGAGAUGUACUCAUUCAGAGUCACUGGUACAAUAUUUUUUGGUUUGCUUUUCUGCCUACAUUUGCAAAAGCAGUAUGAUUGAGGAGGGCUGUCUGGUCAAUUUAAGGUUAUAUGGGACUUAAUUGAGUAAGAUCUAUGUAUAUAUGUGUGUGUGUGUGUGUGUGUGUGUGUGUGUGUGUGUGUGUUUUUAAAAGGCACCACACUGGAACAUCUAAGGAUAAAACAUCUCCGCUGUGUCACAUUAACCUUCUGAAUGGUCCUAAUCUCUGCCUUCACUCACAAAAGGGCAAUGCUACGAUAAGGAUGCAGUAUAACCUUGACUGUAUAUCCUUGCUGGCUUGAUUAGCAAGAGAAAUUAUGCCCAUAGUACCGAUGGUACUCUGUAGGAAGCUGUAACUCGUUCCUGCCAAAGGCACCUGUUCUGCACUGGAUUUUCUUGGCUUUCUUUUCCUGGAGGUCAUGAGGCUCCUACAAUCUUCAUGUGGGUUCCUGCUUGUGUUGUGUUUUUAUACAGAGUUCCCACUUCUGUGUUUGUAACGCAGGUUUAUCGUAUAUCACGGUUUAUGUAUCUAAGUGGAAGACUGUUGUUUUAAUUACCAGUCAUAAGGCAUUUUUAGUUUCCGUUCUCUUUACCAGGUACGAAUGUUAAGGUACUGUUAGUGCUGGAUGAUCUAUAAGGUUGUUGCCUAAGCAUGCACCAGCUCUCUUACACUAAAACGAAGGGCUGUUCUCUUAAAAUCUGCGGCUGUUUUUACAGUCCGCGUUCACAUUCAGUCCUUCUCAUCAGAGCCUAGUAAAAUAUUAAGAGUCGGUCUUAAGUCAGCACUAAAUUGUUUUUGUAGCAGUUAACCAUCAGGAGUACAUGUGCAGCUUUAUGGCUCGUUGUUUUGCUGCCUUUUACUUUUAAAUGGCAAAAUAAUUUGAAAUCUUUCUCUUGCUAAUCUGAAUGUAAAAAAAAAAAAAAAAUACAACCAAAGCACAUCUGCCCUGGUGUCUUGAACUUAACGUUCAGUGUGUUGUGAAAGAUACUUGUGCACAGUCCUGUAUUUUCAGAUAUAUUUGGUACAAAAGAUUUUGAUAUUGUUGGUGUUUUAACAUUUUAUUUCCCGUCCCCAUUCGCAGGCCUACAUGAGACAUUGACCUCUCUUUCUUAGGAGUAAACCAGAUAUGAUAAACAUUUUAUCAUCUACUAUUGCUGCCUAUAUUUAAGCAACAGAUGUAGCUCAUUAGUCCGUCCUUCCAUUUAAAGUUUACUCUCCUAACUUAAAAAAUAAAUAAAAUAAAUAAAAGUGGCCAUGUCGCAUUAACCUGAAAGCUGGCCGUUGCCUUUGCCUGCGCUUGCAUGUAAACUCCACAAUGCUUUACGCUUUCCGUCCCGCUAAUGGUUUUAUGUAGCAGCCGAUAUGGGUUGCAGAUCAGUCCAAUUAUCUCUGAAUCUUUAUGACAGAUGAAAAUGGUUCACUGUGAAACAGCGUCAGUUCCGGCGCUGUAUUUCCUCUCACAUUGACUACAUAAAGCUCUACCAGUAUUUAUACCCUGUUUUGGAAGAUAUUGAACUGCUAUGGCAUUUAAAGUUGAGGUACCUGAAUACGUUCACUGUGAUUUAGAUCUUGUUUUAUGAUUUUGUUUGGAGUUCAUUUUUAUUCGUUAUAUAGACGUCGCAUUCUACUAGAAGUUUGUGUUCCUGUACUUAUUGAAAUAACUGUUUGAUUGCUUGAAUGAUUCUUUUAAAAUAACUUUGUUCAACAAGUCCUAGGAUUAUGGUACAUUACAAUAAGUCAUGUUUACUGUUAACGUCUUUUUUCGAGUACCUCAGUAUGUAUCAAUUGCAUAUUUCUUUACAGUUAUGAACAAGUAUUGCUUUGUAAAUCUGCUACGCCUCCAACUAUUUAUUAUUGCACUGACUGUAAACAGUGGCUUGGAAACUAAAUGUCAUGCUGUAGGGGUUGCACUCGAUGUUCCUCAAUACGGCUAUAACGUGCUACAACUUAACUCCACCUGCACAUAGUUUUUACUCAAAUGUAUGUUGAAAUGAGCUCAAUUUGUCUAAUGAUUCCUGAGAACACGGGCGUGCAUCUCCUCAACCAUGCAGCCCAGUCUAUCAGUCUCGGCAAUAAAGGUGGUCAAGGCUACUUUUGUUUACAAACUAAAUAAAUUCAGUUGGCAAAUAUCCAAUACUAGUGUGAAUAAACCUUUCAACUGAC